ACCAACUUAGCUCCUCCAAAUUCCUAAGUUGGGUAAGAGUUGUUAAGUUUUUUGGAAAUAAAAAUGGCUGCAAGUGCUGCUGCAUUCCCUCAUUCUUUCGAUCUCUGCCUUCAUACUCAAAUAUUGGAGGAAAAUUCAGUAUCAACCAUGGCCUCCAAUUGUGAGAUUGCUUCAUAUGACCAUAUUGUGAAUGAAGAGAAAAGUAUUAGUACUUGUAAAAUACUAGUGAUUGGAGGCACUGGUUAUAUUGGUCGCUUUGUUGCUCUUGCAGCUGUAGCUGCAGGCCAUCCUACUUAUGCUCUUAUAAGACCCACGACUGCCUUUGAUGCUGCCAAAGAAAAGUGCCUCCAUGAAUUGAAAGAUUCUGGUGUUAACAUUGUCUAUGGAGAUUUAAACGAUCACAAUUCAAUGGUAAAGGCCAUCCAAGGCAUCGAUGUUGUUAUUUCUGUUGUAGGGGGCGGUCAACUCACAGAUCAGCUCAAGAUUGUAGACGCCAUUAAAGAAAUUGGCACGGUUAAGAGGUUUCUUCCUUCAGAAUUUGGGCAUGAUAUAGACAGAGCCAAUCCAGUGGAGCCAGGACUAAGCUUUUACAAAGAAAAGAGGCUUGUUAGAAGGACAGUGGAGGCAGCCAACAUUCCAUACACUUACAUCUGCUGCAAUUCCAUUGCUGGGUGGCCUUACUUUUAUCAUACCCAUCCCUCUGAGCUUCCUCCUCCCCAAGACCAGUUUGAAAUCUAUGGAGAUGGAAACAUCAAGGCAUACUUUGUGACUGGGGAAGACAUUGGGAAGUACACCAUAAAGUCUGUAGAGGAUGUCCGGACUGUUAACAAAAUUGCGCAUUUCAGACCACCCAAGAAUUUUCUCACACUUAAUGAGCUUGCAGCAAUUUGGGAGAAGAAGAUUGGAAAAACUCUUCCUCGGGUUUGUAUCUCAGAACAAGAUCUCUUGGACUUAGCCAAAGCAAAUAAUAUUCCAGAGAGCAUAGUGGCUUCCCUGACACAUGACAUCUUCAUUAAUGGGUGUCAAUACAAUUUUAAAAUCGAGGAAUCCAAAGACGUGGAAGUUUGUGAGCUGUAUCCAGAGAUUCUCUACACUACGGUCCAUGAUUUCUUCGAUGGGUACCUUUGAAUUUCAGUAUAAUCAACCGUUCAAUACAGCUCACGGUAGUGCAGUGUGAAACUCUAGAGUUCCGGAAUUCUGUGGCAGUAAAAUCUCAAAAAAAUCCAAAGAACUUCUGCCUAUUUUUAUAGUUUAUUCAUCCAUGUCUUUAUCAGAAUGAUAAUCUCCUAUUUCUAGAUCCAACUAGUUAUUGUUGUCAGUAGUACAAAAGAAUGUAUUUCAUUGACUGCAUUCUUCAUUGCAGUGAUUAAAAAUUAUGGAAUUUAUUUUUAAUUUUUUUAUACUAUUAAUGUGGGGUGGUUUCCAGUGCUGUAAUUAUUAAUUUAUGCCUUAGACAUCCAUGUGCAUAAAAUAAAAAUGGUUUUUUCUA